UAGAAAUUAGCUUUUAAAGAGAGUAUUUGUAUAGGUCAAAAUCUUCACUAAUGACGUCAUCAGCAUUACAGGUCUAUUAAAUACAAAUUAUACACUAAAUCUUACUAAAGUCUAAUCGCUAAAAUAAAUAUAUAACUUGAUUCAUCUGCUCUGUAAGCAAAUGUGCACAAUACCAAUAAUAUCGGUUUACCUAUAUUCACAAUAAUGUUUGGAUUGGGCGUCUAAAUAUUCCUAACUCUCCUAAAUUAUGCACUUUUUCACCAACGAUAUAAGUUACUUUAGUAUUUUGUCCUUGUGCUUGUAGUAUAUAUUUUAUAUAGCUUCUAGAAAGAAUAUAAACGAAAUGGCUGAUAAACCAUAUCAAAAUAAGGCAAAAAGGGGAAAAUAUGAUGAAAAACCAAAAAAAGGACGUACUCAUUUGACUGGUCCUCCUUUAACCAAGGAAUUUAAGGAACAAGAGGACCGUAAUCUUCUUGAAUUACUGACAAAGCGGAAAAUAGAGAACUCAGUAAAACUUUCAGUUCAAAAUGGAAGUUUUGACUCAACUUGUUAUGUUGUUUUCGCAGCAAAUUAUUUUGCAAAAAGCAUAAAAGGCGAUGUUUUUAUACCAGCCGAAAUAUCUCUAGCUGAGUUUUCCCUAAAAACUGGUCUUUUGAAAACUUAUCACUCGCUAGUUAAUCCAAAGGUUUUACCAUACGGUAAUAAGUAUGAUGCUCAAGUACAUUGCAGCAAUACACAUAAGCUUCCGCUUCCCCCAAAUGCCUUGGGUGAAGAAAAUUUGUCAAAACUAUAUGUCGCUAUAAUGAAUUUUGCGAAGAACGAAGCUACUGGUGAAUAUCGGCCACUUUAUGUUAAGGAAGACAGCUUGUAUAUAGCAAAAGCUAUACUGGCGUAUAUGAAAAAUGAUUUUAAUGACAGCCACAUAACUCUUGAAGUGUAUCCCAUUCAGCACUUAUUUCAUAUUAUGAAGGAAUCGGCAUGCAAAAUAGGUGAAUUAUCAUUGCCAAGUUCCCUCAGCAUCCAAUCAGUUUUCUAUAGAGAUAAUUAUGCAUAUCACGUUGGUUUGUCAUGUGAGUACCACGAGAAUAUAGACAGGUCUAACUAUUGCGCAAAGUCAAUUGCCAGUAGAAUGUGUUUCAAGUUUACCGAAUAUAUGGCUCCAGAUGUCGCAAUUAAAAUUAUAAAAGGGAGACAUAUACCCCAUGACGUAGCACCUAGUUUUGAAGUAAUAGAACCUAGGCCAUUUAAACCAACACGCAAACAGGACAAGAUUUUUAAGAAGGAGAAGGAUGAAGAGGAUUAAAUGGACUGCAAGUGAAUGUUGACUUCCACAUUAUUAUCUUCAUACAUUAGAGACUUUAUUCAGUGCCACACAAGUUUUUUUGUUGUGUGCUUUAAUUGUACACAAUUUGCUAUCUUACUAUUUUUGUAUUACACGAUUUUUAUUUCACAAGUAAACUAUAUCGAGACUAAUUCAUUUAAUCUUUUAAU